UUGCAUAUCAUAAAUAUUCAUGAGAUACAAAACCAACUGUGGUUUCUGUCACAGUUUAGUUUGUUCCAUAGAUUUAUUCACAGUAUGCAGGAUGUGCUUUGUUUUUCUCUUUUUUUUUUUUUCUCUCUCAUUGACCUUCCUGGAUUAUCUGUCACUUCCACCUGCUUGCUGCUAGUCAGCAAUUAGAAAAUCCUCUUGGUGCCUAAUGAAAUCCUUGGCCAUGUGAUGUGAUGUGCUUGCUGUCGACCACAAGAUAUGGAAUUAAAUUCAGUGUCGGGGUGGUGUUUAGGAAAAUAAUCAACACCGGUGUUCUGUGACGUGACCUGAUAAGACGACGUGUUCCUGUUCCCAUCCAGAUGAUGAUUUUUCCAUAAGAGGACUUCCUGAAGUGUUUUAUUCCUCUUACACCGCAACACGAGAUGUCCUUGUUUAAGGCGCGGGAGUGGUGGUCGGCCGUGCUGGGCGAGGGGGAGGAGUUUGACCAGACCUGUCUUUGUGUCGGAGAUGUGGACAACAGCGGAAGUGGUUACGAUAAGGUGGUGGUGGGUAGCUACAUGGGAAUGCUGCGGAUUUUUGCCCCCCACGCCUCCAGGCCAGCCGAGCAGAGCGGAGUGGACGCCCAGCUGCUGGAGGUCCAACUGCGAGACCCCAUCAUCCAGGUGGAAGUGGGCAAGUUUGUCUCGUGCUCAGAGCUGCUUCACUUGGCCGUGUUGCAUCCCAGAAAACUGUCCAUCUAUGCCAUCUCAGGUACUGCUGGAAACGUGGAACACGGGGAUCAGUACCAGCUCCGACUGGUUUACGAGCACAACCUGCAGAGGACGGCCUGCAACAUGACCUACGGCCCCUUCGGAGGGGUCACUGGACAUCACUUCAUUUGCAUCCAGUCCAUGGACGGCAUGCUGAUGUUCUUUGAGCAGGAGAGCUACGCGUUCGGACGCUUCCUCCCCGGAUUUUUACUCCCAGGGCCGCUGUGUUACUGCGCCCGAACCGACGCUUUCAUCACCGUCUCCUCCUCUCGCCAGGUGGAGUGCUACAGGUAUGAGACGCUAGCGGUCGCCACGGACGCAGACACCAGGCAGAACUCGGAACAGCAAAGCAAGAGCUCUGGGAAGAGGCUCACGGCUGAGUGGACACUAGUGUUAGGAGAGCAGGCGCUGGAUAUCUGCGUCCCCUCCGCCGCGCCGUCAGCCUCCUCCAUCUUCAUACUCGGGGAAAGGAACCUGUUCUAUCUGCGAGACAACGGCCAAAUCCGCUUCAUGAAGAAACUCGAGUACAACCCCAGCUGCUUCCUUCCCUACGCCUCAGUUUCCGAGGGUACAACCAACGUCCUGCUGGCCAACCAUAACAACAUGCUGCUGGUGUAUCAGGACACGACGCUGAAGUGGGCGGCUCAGCUCAACUGUGUACCCGUGGCCGUGCGAGUCGCAAAUUUCCCGGAACUCAAGGGCUUGGUGGUGACCCUGAGCUCUGAAGGUCAUCUGCAGUGCUCUUACAUGGGCACGGAUCCCUCCUUCUUCACCGUGCCAAAGGUGGACUCCCGGGAGGUCGACUACGACAAGGUGGACGUUGAGAUGAAGGCUCUCCAGAAGGUCAUCCGCGAAGCCACUCGGAACCAGGACAUCAUUCCCAAAGCCGAAACAGAGGACGACCUGACGCUAACGGCUAUCGUCUCAACCAACCUGGAUGAUGUCUCGCAAGCUCUUAUCCCAGAGAUCAACGGCAUCGCUGUCCCUUCUCUUACAGUCACGAUUAAAGUGAGCAGCCGAUUUGCGGUUCAGAGCGCAAAGAUGAGUGUGUGCGUCCAGCCGCCUCUGGCUGUCACUCAGGACCAGUUUGUGUUCGAUUCUUUAGGGAGCGGCUCUCAGGUCGUCGUGGCGUUCUCGGCUUUUCUGAACGGCCGCUACACGCCAGCUGACCUGACCGGAGACGUGGCCGUGUCCUACAGUUCACCCACAGGAGUUCCUCGAGUAGCCCAGUGCAAGUUCGUGCUGCCGCUCUGUCUGGUUUGCUGCCCGACCACUGCCUCCAAGAACGCCAAGUACAAGAUCACUGUGGACACCAACAAACCUCCAAUCAACCUAAGUGAAGCCUUCCCAGAAUUUUCAGGGAAAGCCGAGGAUAAGGAGGGCAACACCCUAGCCUUCCAGUUUAUCGCUGGCUCUCGGGUCACCAUCCUGGCCUCCAAAACAUCCCAGCGUUACAGGAUCCAGAGUGAAAGCUUUGAGGAUAUCUGGCUGGUUGCCAAGGAAUUGGUACAACGUUUCGAGCGGCAUUUUGCCAAGCUUGGAGUCAAAGAUUUCCGCAACAGCUUUUCCGGCCCGAUCCCACUAGCUGAAUACUUUGAGACCGUAGACCACCACUUUGAGCUCCGAGUGAACGCACAGAAGUAUCAGGACCUGCUUUCAGAGCGAGCCGUCCAGUUCCGAGCCAUCCAACGGCGCCUGCUGACACGCUUUAAAGACAAGACUCCAGCCCCGUUACAGAACCUUGAUACGCUCAUGGAGGGCACUUACCGUCAGGUGAUAGCGUUGGCGGAUGCAGCGGAGGAGAACCGGGCGAGUUUGGUGCAGGCCUUUUCCAGGUUACGCAGCGCCACGCACCUGCUCAUCCUUCUGGUGUCUCUUUGGCAGGGACUGGGCAUCGAUCAAACCGCUAUACUGGAAGCAACACUACUGCCACUGCUGCAGGAUACACCACAACUGGGCUGGGAGGAGUGUGUGGACGCAGCUGUGUCUCAUCUCUUGAGAACGUGUCUGUCGAGAAGUCCUAAGGACCAAGCCAUUAGCCUGAGCACAUCCCAGCUGAGCAUGCCCAAAGAUACCUCGCGCCUCAAGAAACACAUCACGCUACUCUGCGAUCGCAUCGGCAAGGGAGGCCGCCUGUCUCUUUCCUCUGAAGCGAACGCUCCAACACCUGUUAUGAUGCCAGCAUGCUGCGAGGCCAUCCCUGAGUUGAUUGCCGAGGAGGAAGACGAUCCAGCCUUGCAGCAGGAGGCCACUGAAAAGAUCAUCAAGAAGAAGCAACCUUCGAAGAAAGUGAAGAGCAAAACAGGUUCAUCAAAAGAAAAGAAAGAGAAGGAUUCAGAGAAGGAGUUAAAAGAGACCAAGAAGGACUCAAAAGAGCCAAGCAAGGAGAAAGAGUCGAAGAAGGAGUCAAAGGAAUCGUUCAAAGAAUCGAACAGGGAGAACGACUCUGCGCUCGAGCCUGAGAAAGAGAAAGUAAAGGUGUCCAAAAAGCCCUCGGUCAAGGCCAAAGAGAAGAAGAAAGAAGUGGUGGACGGCUGAGCAGACGCAACACACGCACACACACGAAACACACACACACACACCAUCACUUUGGGUGGCUUUUCCCAUUCCCUGCACUGAAACCUCAGAUAGUUAAGUACAGGCUGUUUGUCGCUGUCGCUAUUUGUUAGCGCUUGUUUUCCAGCGAGACCACAGCAUCUGUCGUCUCUUUCAUCAUCAUCAUCAUCAUCAUCAGCGCGGUGCCAGAGAUGAGAGAACGUUACACCAUGAAGCUUCCUCUCCAUCAAGGAAACAGGAGCAAGUGGGAAACUUUCUGCUCCGUUUAUUUUCGAGACAGCGAUCGGGGAAUGCAGGCCGAAACCCACAGUGCUAACCAAGCCACCCACACGGGGCCAGCGUGACGUCUAACUCUAACCUCUCUCUCUCUCUGGCUUUCUCGCCCCCUCAUGGGCAGCACGCCUUACCAAGCCACCUCCCCAUCUCUAAAAAUAACCCGAGUCGAGCCACAGACGGGUCCACUGAGGCCAUCUCUAUUUCUCCCUCUCUAUUCCUCUCUGUCUGUCUGUCCCACCACAGACGGUACCACCUCCCAAUAUACACAUGUAUAUUAUGUCUCACUCUCUGUCUCUCUCUCUCUCUCUCUCUCUCUCACACACACUUGCAGCAGCUGUGCAUUGCUCAGUCCAGACUGUAGACAUUUCUAGUCAGCAUAUUUGCUGCAGCAAACUAAGCAGUGACAAUCCCACGCCGAGGGCUGGCGGCUUUCACGCGUCUGUCUUUCUCGUCUGUAAAGUGAAGUCGAGCGUGAUUUAAGCUCGAGUUUGUGACAUUACUUUUCUGGGUACCUGGGUGGGUAAGUUCCAUUCUGGUGACGCAGCACGGUUAAGUCGGGGUUUGGUGGGAAGAGAGUUUAUAUUAGGGCCUGACUGAUCCAGAGUUGAAGGAUUCUCGUCAAAAGUUGUUCGUGUUUUGUUUUGUUUUUUCUACCGCAGACGAUUUUUACAGUCUUUCGAGCUGCAAGUCAAAUCAGAGUUAUAUUUAAGACUACGUUCAGACUGCACCCUGAAACGACCCAUAUCCGAUUUUUUUGCCCAUAUGCGACCUGUAUCCGAUUUGUUAUUGACAAUCUGAACGACACAGAUCCGAUUUUUUCACAUGCGACCCAGGCCGCUUGGAUAUGUGGUCCUAAUUCCGAUUCAUAUCCGUUAUUUUCACAUGCGACUGCAGUCUGACCGGACAGGUCGCAUUCAUGCAACCUACACGUCAUCAACAAGAGACAAACGUCACUAUUCUGCGUUGGCUAAUCCCGCCUCUUUGGUGGAAAACAACAACAUUUGUACAGUUUUCAGAAUUUAAAUAGACUUUUAUAGAAUUGAUCAAGCUAAUGGUGGAUUUGGUAGGGACCUGGAUGUUGAUCUGUUAGCCUGAUUAAAUAAAACAGUUUCUAUAACUGAUUUAUAACUUAAACCAUCCAGUAUUACAAGAUUAUAAAAUUGUUCUGGAAAUUUCCAGUAAUUUGACACCUUCGGUCUCAUUAGCUGCCGCCACAAAAACCACAUCGCAGGUCUCGCCUCAUCUCCAUAGCAAACUGCACUGGUGUUUCUGCACCUUGAGCCAGCGCUGAGAGAAGUUGCAGAAUUCAGCUGGCUAUAAACAAUCUAAAUAAAUAUUUAUAAAAAUGUAGAAAAAGUUUAUUAAUAUGACGAAAUAAAUAUGUGCAAAUUAUUAAGCCUGAAUUAAGAGUUUGGUAAUACAGCGGCCGUAUCCCAAAUGACUGCCUACUGAAGCUCGAGUGCACUAUAUAGAGUUUAAAAAUCCAUUACUUCCUAGUAACAUGUAGUGCACUUAUAUAGAAAUUAGAGAGACAUUUAGGAGUCAACCCUCGUUACCAGGCUACACGUUUUCAUUUCAGUUCAGAAACAAAAACACACACGAGACCUCACACUUUAACACUAACCAGAUAAUUAAACAAACAAAAAAAAGAAAUCAUUAAACGAGUGCGCUUUUUUUUUUUGUUUACGUAUUACAUAGAUGUGCUUAUUACGUGUCAACUUGCGCAUGCGGGACACUUUUGGGUUGUUUUCCGUUCAUAUUGGAGAUCGCAUACAAGUCUCAUAUAAUUGGUAAUGUGAACGGCCUAACAAAAAAAUCGGAUUUCACAACAAAUCGGAUAUGGGUCGUUUCAGGUUGCAGUCUGAAUGUAGUGCAUGUUAUUCCACGAAAUCGAGUCAUACAUGAGCCGAUUGCCGACGAGGCACGUAGCACCAAGGUUGAGUGGAAUAACACUCUUAUUCUAUCCACAUUCACUGGAUUUUGAGAAACGGAGCAUUUUUUAAUUUCUAUUUUUUGCGAAUUUGAUGAAUAAAAACUUAAAUCAUUUCCGCUUAGAAUAUCAACAAACCGGCGAAAUGACAGGAGCAAUUUGUGAAAAAUACGAUGAUAAUUCUUGGGGGGAAAAAAAUGUAUGUUCUAACCGUCAAAUACUUUCAUUCCAUUCAUUUUGUUGCUUUUUUUUGUGGUUUUGUUUUCGAGUCGAGUUUUUAUUUCGUCCUCGGUUGCUUCAGCAACACGCGUCGCCAUUUUGUUUUUCUCUACUCAUGGUAUAUGAACUGAUAUCCUAGUUGUAGAGUAGCCAAUUAGAACGUGAUUGCUCAUAUCCAGUGAAUGUGGAUAGAAUAAUGAUGUUUAAUUCUUGGAAGGCGUCUCCUGUGUCAGCACUUUGCAACAGUCCAAAGAAAAGCUGUAACUUUUCCACAGUUUUCCAAAAAACGUCUUCAGGACGGGGUAAAGUCUUCGUGCUUUCUGAUUUCUCAGUAACAUGGCGAAUCUACAGUUUCUUCUAGUUUUUUGUUUGUCUUAUUAACUUCAAGAGAAAAAUUGAGUCUGGUGAGAGAACGACUGUUUAUAGCUGCUAUAACGUAAGCGAUGACAAGAACGUGUAUCGUAGACGUUCCACAAUAUAGUUAAGUUUAACUGUAAUAAUAAAACGUACGUCCGAGGUGUCGUUCUUUUACUAAAUGGAAAUUCCGAGAGUGUUCAGGGUGGUAACGGUAACUCCGCUUUGCAUUUUUGAUUAUGAAAAUGAAGCAGACACUUACUGUAAAGAAAAAAAAAAAGUUGUAUACAUUUAUCCUUAUGUUGUGUGCGCUUUGCUGUCUCUUGUGGGCGUGGCUAUUUAAAGGAACACUAAAUACAGACGCCAAAAUCUCAAACUAUACCUUGAACGUUGGCUCAUUUUAUUAGAUAUCAGUCAGGCCCUAAUUCCAACACUUUUUAACCCUUUUCCUUCAGCCCUGUGUUGCUACUGGAUACCACGUCGUGUAUGGCUGAUGUGUGCAAGUGCAUCGCCUCCAUAUGCACCAUCAGGAUACGCACAACAGGAUGUACAUAAAAGGUCGUGCUUAAAUAUUACAGCGAUUAUAUGUUUUCUUUUAAAACACAACAGCUUGUAAACGUCCUUUUCCAGUCUCCUGAAAUAUCUGAAUUAUUAUUCCGAACACGCAAACUGCUGCAUAUUACAAGCUAAUGUGUUUAAAAAGAAAACACUUUUCAUCUACUUUGGAGAAGAAUUCUGGAUUUUAGUAAUAGAUGUGUAAUUUAGUGCCAGAGCCAUUUUAGAGCGUGGCCAAGAAUAAAAGCUUUCAAAUGUAAGGUUUUGUAUUAUUUUUAUAGCAGCUUCUGACAGCCAAAUGGAGUAAAUGGAGUAGAUCACGGUGUAUUAUACGGUUCUUACUGCGACAUGUUCUGUACUUGCGAACUAAUCAUGUGGUGUGUGAAGGAUGAGGAACAGAAAUGGGUUGCCAUUAGAAACCAAACCGAUUUUAUAGUCUGUUGUACCAGAUUCUAAAAACAGAACCACCUCAGCGAGCUCUUGGGUUAAAUGUAAUACCUCAAGCACAUAGUUGUCCUGUUAUAAUAAUUUACUCAACUAUUGUUUUAUAUCGCUGACCUUUAAAUACAUAAUAAAGAAAUACAAUAACCAGA